AUGGUUGGCAAAAUCCUCGACUUUGAAUGUGCCGUCAUCACUGGCGGUGCUGGAGGCCUCGGCUAUGCUAUGGCAGAAUACUUUCUCUCUCUCAACAAGAAAGUCAUCCUUGUCGGUCGAACCGAAUCCAAGCUCGCCGAAGCAUCGAAAAAGCUCAACAACGCUCCAUACUACAUUCUUGACACAGGCAACGUCGAUGAUAUGCCCGCAUUCGCCAAAAAAGUCCUCUCCGAACAUCCCGAAAUCGACUGCCUGAUCAACAACGCCGGCGUCCAACGACCCCUCGAAGUCCAGAACUUAGCUCUCGACAAAGUCGAUAACGAGAUCAACAUCAAUAUCCGCGGUCCAAUCCAUCUCGCUACUGCCUUUUUAGAUCACUUGAAGGGCAAGAAGUUAGGUGUGAUUGCUAAUGUCAGUUCGGUGCUGGGUUUCGUGCCGUAUAGCAUCAUCAACCCGGUCUACAACGGGGCGAAAGCGUUUGUGCAUUUCUGGUCAGAGACACAACGAGUGCAGCUCAAGAAUACUAACGUCAGAGUGGUCGAGAUUGUCCCACCAAGCGUAGGCACAGAUCUGCACAGAGAGAGGGAGAAUCCGGAUGACAACAAGAAGCAUCUCGGUGCGACAAACUCGUUGACGGUGGAAGAAUUCAUGGAGGAUUUGGUAAAAGGGUUGCAAGCGGAUCAAGAUGUGGUUACGGCUGGAUCUGGUAUUCCUUUGGUCAAGAAAUGGGAUGAUGCGUUCAGAGAACAGUUCAAUGGCGCCGCGGAUAAGUAUCAGCCCAAGUGA